UUUCUUGAAGCUGAGAGACGUGAAAGGUGGAGAGAACUUUGCUGCCAGCAGGGAGUUGUAAUUUGUAAGCAACUUGUCUGACCUUUUGGAGUAUUGCAAAGGGACGCUUGUAUGAGAUUUUUCAGCCUGUUGCUUUUGAUGCUGAAGUGGAUUUUAGCUUUGCAUUAACUUAGAGUGGGCCAACAACAUGCAAUUUGCUUCUGAUCUUGAUCAAGAGAGUGAAGAUCUGCCACAAUAUGAGCAUAUAUAUCAAAACGACUUCUCAUGUCGAAAACACAAGAAGCAGAAGGAAGAAGAUAUUGCUAUCUGUGAGUGCAAAUUUGAUUUUGGUGAUCUUGAUAGUGCAUGUGGGGAAAGGUGCUUGAAUGUAUUAACCAGCACUGAAUGCACUCCUGGAUAUUGCCCUUGUGGCGUUUAUUGCAAGAAUCAGAAAUUUCAGAGAUGUGAAUAUGCUAAAACAAAGUUGUUUAAAACAGAGGGGCGUGGGUGGGGGCUGCUGGCUGCCGAAGAGAUAAAGACAGGACAGUUUAUUAUCGAAUAUUGCGGAGAAGUAAUAUCAUCAAAAGAAGCAAAGCGAAGGUCUCAAGCUUAUGAAAAACAGGGUCUGAAGGAUGCAUUUAUUAUUUCCUUGAAUGGCUCUGAGUCCAUUGAUGCCACUAGAAAAGGAAGCCUUGCUCGGUUCAUAAAUCAUUCAUGUCAACCAAAUUGUGAGACAAGAAAGUGGACUGUUCUGGGAGAAAUACGGGUUGGAAUAUUUGCAAGGCGAGAUAUUUCUGUUGGCAGUGAACUGGGAUAUGAUUAUAACUUUGAAUGGUAUGGUGGUGACAAAGUUCGCUGCCUAUGCGGUGCAACCAACUGUUCUGGAUUUCUUGGGGCAAAAUCUCGUGGCUUUCAGGAGGAUACUUAUCUAUGGGAGGAUGAUGAUGACAGGUAUUCAGUUGAGAAAAUUCCUCUAUAUGAUUCUGCAGAAGAUGAACCCUCAUUGAAGGCCCCCAGAACUGUUGACAACAUAAAUCCUGGAUCUGAUACAAAUGGAAAAAAUGAGUACUCUUUGACAAUGGAUGCAAGUGUGCAAUCGGAACAUGAGUUGGACUCUACUGCUCUUGUUGUCCAGCCACUUGAUUCGGCUCCUCCAGUGGAUGGGCUUCUUCUUUAUACAGUGAAAACUGAAGCUACUGAAGAGAUGAAAAUCUAUUCUCAGGAUGCACAUCAGGCCUUUCCUCAAAAGAACGCAAUGAUAUCUCGUAUCCGAAGUAAUAGUGCAUGCCGGAACUAUCACAUUGGAUCAGGGCCUAUUCCCAAAAAAAGAUCAAAGCCGUUUAACAGGAAGUCGAAAAACCUUGUACAAAAACAUGUUGAUGCCAAAUAUGUUGCUCAACUCUUAGCAUGUAAGGAAGCAGAAGAGGAAGUCUCCAAAAAUGAGGGUGCCUGUGGUUUCAUACAACUAACUAGACAAAUGCGUUUCAACACAUUAUGGUAGUGCUUUCCCCAUGCAACUGAUGGAAGCCAAUGAUGAUAUCUGCAUGUUCCUUUAUCCUAAAACAUCAAAUUUUCCAUUCAUGUAAUUAUCUGUACCAGUUAAGUGAGUUGGGUUUUGUUGAUUGGGAUAUAAGCUAAGCCAAACACAUCAUCCAUAAAUAUAAACUUACCUAAACCAAACCCAAGAGGUAUAUUGAUACUAAUUGUCAAUCUUAUACUAACUUCUUUUGUUUUUCUGGCUGAAUUUGCUUAAAAAGUUAGAACAGGUUUGAAUAAAGCGAGUCUAGUCUGCUGAGGUUAAAUUAUCACAAAAGCAAGGGUUUCAUUCAUAAUACUGUUAUUAUGUACAUGUUUAUAUUUUGAUAAAACAAAUAUUCAGGUUGGCAGGUUGUGAGUUUGGUUUACUAUAACCUAUCUUAUCCUUGCCUGAAGGCAAAAUUUGUUCUGGCUUUCCCAGGCUGAAACCUUUGUCUGCACGUUUGGAUGGAGCUUAAUGGAUGAGGCACAGACCUUUGAUUUUUUUUUUUUUUUUAAUUAUGAGCUACUGUGCAGGAAAUGAAGAACGAAGCUGCUGCCCAUCUUGCUUCCUUGUAUGACGAAAUUCGACCUGCCAUUGAAGAGCAUGAAAGAGAUAGCCAAGACAGUGUUGCCACAAGCGUAGCUGAGAAGUGGAUAGAAGCCUGCUGUAUGAAA